CUAAAAUGCGGCGGCCACCUCACAAUGGCGCAGGUCCUCCAAAUCCAAGCUCAGCUGAUCACCUCUCCAAUCCCCUCCUCCGUCGUCGACCCAAACCUCAUCGCCGUCAAGCUCAUUGGCGCUUGCGCCGACCACGCUAACGUGCGCCAGGCCGCUCUCAUCUUCGCCCACCUCGCCAGCCCCAAUAUAUUCGCCCACAACGCCACUCUCAAAGCUUUAGCUCAAAACAGUCACUGGUUCCAUGCAAUCCAGUUCUUUAACCACCAAGUUUCAUCGCCCAAUGCCCCGAACCCAGAUGAGUUCACUUUCACUUCUGUGCUCAAGGCCUGUGCUGGCCUUGCCCACGUUGUCAACGGCCAGAAAAUCCACGCCAUGGUCACCAAACAAGGGUUUGAAUCCAAUCUCUUUGUUCGGAAUUCGCUCAUAGAUAUGUAUUUCAAAGCGGGUUAUCUUUUGAUUGCACGGCAUCUGUUCGAUGAAAUGUUUGUGAGAGAUGUGGUUUCUUGGAACACUUUGGUUUCUGGGUAUUGCUUGUGUGGGUGUGCGGACGAGGCUAGAUGGGUGUUUGAUAGGAUGCGCGAGAAGAAUUUCGUUUCUUGGUCGACGUUGAUUAGCGGGUAUGCGCGGAUGGGUAGAUUGGAGGAUGCUCGGCGGCUUUUUGAUGAGAUGCCGGAGAGGAAUGUGGUUUGUUGGAAUGCCAUGAUUGCAGGGUAUGCACAGAAUGAGAAGUAUAGUGAUGCUAUUGAGGUGUUCCGGAUGAUGCAACAAUUCGGUGGUGUGGUGCCAAAUGAUGUUACCCUUGUUAGUGUGUUGCCGGCUUGUGCGCAUCUUGGUGCACUUGAUCUGGGGAAGUGGAUUGAUGGAUUUAUCAGUCGGAGAGGGAUGGCCUUGGGCUUGUUCUUGGGGAAUGCACUGGCAGAUAUGUAUGCAAAGUGUGGAUGCAUAGCGGAGGCUAGAAGGGUAUUCAAUAAGAUGGAAGAGAGAGAUGUGAUCUCAUGGAGUAUAAUCAUAUGUGGGUUGGCCAUGUACGGACAUGCAGAUGAAGCUUUUGGAUGCUUUUAUGAAAUGCUGGACUGUGGAGUAAAGCCAAAUGAUGUUGUUUUCAUGGGAUUGUUAACAGCAUGUACUCAUGCAGGGUUGGUCAAGAAGGGGCUCAAUUGUUUCAAUACUAUGGACAAGGAGUAUGGAGUCAGCCCCAAGGUUGAACAUUAUGGUUGUGUGGUUGAUCUUCUCAGCCGUGCUGGUGAACUCGACAAAGCAGAGGAUAUGAUCAGCUCAAUGCCUAUGAAACCCAAUGUCAUAAUUUGGGGUGCAUUGCUUGGUGGUUGUCGGAUUUACAGGGACAGUGGAAGAGGACAGCGAGUCGUUCAACAUAUUCUUGAGCUAGAUUCUGACCAUUCUGGAAGCUAUGUUUAUCUCGCCAAUGUUUAUUCUUCAAUGGGUAGAUUAGAUGAUGCUGCAAAGUGCAGGUUGAGAAUGCGAGAGAAUGGGGUGCUGAGAACUCCUGGAUGCAGCUGGAUAGAGGUGGACAACACAGUAUAUGAGUUCUUCAUGGGAGAUUUAUCACACCCAGAGUCUAACAAGAUAUAUUCAAUGAUAAGAGAAUUAAUGUGGAAAAUGAAGCUAGCUGGGUACAAACCGAAAACUGACCUCGUAGUGCAUAGCAUUGAUGAAGAAGAGAAGGAGGAUGCUUUGUCAAUUCACAGUGAGAAGUUGGCAAUUGCAUUUGGGCUUAUCAGCACUAGUGAAGGAACCACAAUUCGAGUUGUUAAGAAUCUACGAAUUUGUAAUGACUGUCAUGAUGCAGCAAAGAUAAUUUCUGGGAUUGUGAAGCGGGAGAUUAUUGUGCGGGAUCGUAGCCGCUUCCAUCAUUUUAAAGAUGGGGUAUGUACUUGCAGUGACUAUUGGUAGGAAAUGGGAAGAGUCGAGCGUGGGGGUGUAAAGGAGGUGGUUGUUUCUCACUUCAUAUCCACUGUGGCAUGGGGUGUUAUAGCAGUUGUAAGCCAGCUACUAAUUGCUGAGAUGGGAUUGCUUUCAUUAGGAUUGCCUGAAGAAACUACCACACUUUCCUGCAACAAAAGACCCAUGCAUGAGAGGGGGAGUGAGGAUAAUAUAAUUCCCAAGCUGUCAUCAGGGCACUGUUAUCAACUGCUUCCUCAAUAGCACUUGCAGAAUGUGGACCACUUCGUUGCUCAGCCAGGCAAGGAUUGUUAUAUGCUGCAGUCCUACAAUACUUUGAGCUCUUUUCAUAUAUUUUUUCAGAGUUUUUUGAGCAACAAGUGAAAAAAAUAAGAUAUAUUCUAUUAUUUUUUGUAUUGCACACAAAUGCAUGAUAGCUUUAUAAAAAGUAAGCCAAGAAAACCAUUUUUUUUUUUUAAUACA